AUGCCUUAUUCCUGUGUACAGUGCGGAAAGAGUUUUUUCGCCAACAGUCGAACCUCCUCUACCAUAUGAAAAGUCAUGUGAUGCCAAUUGAACCCAAAGUGGACACCUCUGCAGAACAUGAACAGCCUGGCAAGCUCUCUGGGCAACUAAUAGGGCCAUCUGGACAGUAUGUAGAUCGAGAGAAUGCACAGUUAUUAAAUACUAGUGGGGAGAGAGUUGAUGAAAGCCAAGUGAGAGCCUUUCAGUGUACCCAGUGUGCUAAAUGGUUCCCGAGUUCACACAGCCUUUUGCUGCACCAAAAACUUCAUGUGGAACAAUCUAGCACUGUCAUGCAUCGAAGAGAAAUACAGGUCCCAUGUCCUAUUAAUAGGAGCCUUCCACAUACUUACACUGAAAAUUUGCUGUUGCCUCGCCAAGAGCAUGACAGCUAUCCAUCGCAACAUUUCAAGCUAUCUCCUCGAGCAGAAAGCAACUGUGUUGUGGGGACAUUGAACAGUCUAGAAUCCAACCUUAUUCCUCAACCUGGACAUAGUUCUGGUUUUCAGAGAGUCACAAGUCACAGUUCAGAGGGAACAUCUGUUAAAGGGCCUUACCAUGUUCUAGGAAGGGGAAGACCAAGGAAAGUAACCUUGCUAGGACAGGGCCAUGGCCAUGGCCAUAUGGGAGCAUUCUUGGGUGGGAAAGCAGUACAUAAGUGUUGGAAGUGCCCUCGUUAUUUUAACAACAAGUCAAAUUUAAUUGUCCACUUACGUAUUCACACUGGGGAGAAACCUUUUCAAUGCUGGCUCUGCGAAAAGAGAUUUAGACAGCAGUCAAAUCUGAUUCAGCACCUCAAAAAUCAUGAGGAUGUUCUUGGAGACGAUCUUAUACCACGUCCAAGGAAAAUCCUAAAUAAGGAACAUCCAAAUGGAAAAAAUGUUCAGGGUUUAAGUUUGCUUCAGCCCUCGGGCACGCCUCAGCCUCAUUUGGGUUUCCUUCCUUUCGAUAGAAGCCCCAUGCAUCACAACGGUCAGCUCUACGAGGCUCCUCAAACCAUACACCUAGGUGAUAUAGCAUCUAGUACAGAGUGUAUAUCUAACAGUUUAGACACCCCUAACUCGCCAACAUCACCUGAAAGGACAUACAAAUGCAGCAGCUGCUUUAAAACAUUUAACCACAAAUCCAACCUUUUGGUCCAUGAGCGUAUCCACUCAGGAGAUAAGACUUACCGUUGCUUGGAGUGCGGCAAGCACUUUAGCCAGCGCACCAGUCUGAUGGUACAUUUAAGAACUCAUACAGGUGAGAUGCCAUACUCUUGCCUUCAGUGUCGAAGACGUUUCCGUCAGCAGUCUAACUUGCUUUAUCAUAUAAAGACAAACACAGUUCAAGGGCAGCUAAAUUGCACACCAGAGAACCUGCCAAGUUCGCCAAUAAUUCCUAGGUUAGAGCCAGUGGUUGAAGCUAGUAUGAGCUCCAACAUGGAGGCUUCCCCUGGGCCUCCACCUCCCUGGGUGCAUUUAGAAGCCAGUCCUAAAAACGAUACCACAUCACUAGAAGUUGGAAAAGCCGAGUACCACUGUCCUGCUUGUGACAAAGUAUUUACUCACCAAUCAAACCUCUUAGUUCACCAGAGGAUCCAUUCCGGAGAGCGUACAUACCACUGCCAUGAGUGCAAUCGCCAGUUUAGUCAGCGUACCAGCCUAAUGAUCCACUUGCGUACUCAUACUGGCGAAAUGCCUUAUUCUUGCCAGUGUUGUGGAAAACGGUUUCGCCAGCAGUCAAACCUUUUGUACCAUUUGAAAAGCCACGUAGGGCAGGGCAUUUCCAUAGACGCUAGUCAAACUGCAGAGUAUGCAGUGCCGAGGGCAAGAGGCCGUCCCCGUAAAGCCGAAUCAAGUGACACAGCAAGAGAAAAAGGAGUUGUACCCCGCGGCAAGCGUACGUACAAAUGUACAGAGUGCCCCAGGCGCUAUAACCUUAUGUCUAAUCUGGUUGCUCACCAGAAGUCACAUGACCUACAGCCUUUGUACAGCUGCUUGGAAUGUGGAGACAGUUUCCUGCAUCAGGGUUACCUUUCUGUCCACAAGAAGCAGCACUCCAAGGUUAGCACUCCUCAUCAUGGAGUGCAGUUCUGCUGGAGACCAAACCAUGAGUUAAUGGAUGCUCGAAGCCCAGGUACAGAGCCUGAGAGAAGUGCUGUAUAUACACAGCAGGAAAAGUAG